CGUCGGCGCAAACGGCGGCUGCAGUGUGCGCGGUUUGGGGCCGCCAUGGGACGCAGAGGGCCCAAGGAGAAGAAGGAGGAGGCGUGUGGCGUGUGGCUGGACGCGGCGGCGCUGAAGAGGCGGAAGACACAUUUAAUCAAACCAGGCACCAAAAUGCUGACAUUGCUUCCUGGAGAGAGAAAAUGUGAUAUUUCUUUUAUUCAAAGAAGAAGCACUCGGCAGACCAGUAUUGCAUCCUUUGUCACCUUGCAACCAGGAAUGGCAAAUGGGGGGAACCAGAAGAGCAUUUUAUCUCUCAAAGAAAAUCAGAUCAACAAAGAAUGCAAGAGAACCCAGGGAUUGGAUUGCUUAGUAUCACCUUUGACCACGUCAGCUCCUGCAGACAUCCAGGAAGCUGGACAUUCUCCUCCAUCUCCCCAGUUCUCUAGCUGCCACAGUUUGGAAAAACCGUCUUUGACUACAACAUCUUCACCCCAGCCUGACAUCCUGAUGGAUGCUGGACUAAGUAAAGCCUCCCUGACUUCUUCCUUUACCCAGGACAUGGACGGUUAUUGUUUGCUGGACCGAAGAGAGGCCAGAAAGAAAAAGGAAUGGCUUCAUGGAUCUAAGACAAACUGUCCAGGCAUGGGAAGCCACAUUAGACCAUCUGGGGGUAAAUGCUAUCAGCCCUUGGACAAAGCUGAACUGGGAGAAAAAGGGACUGCCAAGGAAAACAGGCAGGCCUCUAUGCGUCUUCAAACCUACAGGUUAGAAUCCUGGAGUAGGAAAAAACCGCUGUCGGUGGCAAAAAGCCCUCUUCUUUCUGAGUUUCCCUGGGAUAGUGAACGGAAUGAGAGGGACUCCUGGAGUCAUCUUUUCACUGAGGAUUCCCAAGGCCAGCAGGUCAUUGCCCACAACACUAAAAUGCCUUUGCAAGAUAUAACCAAUGAUAGGAAUCAAGGCUUGGGGCCGUUUCCUGACAGCCCUCAGGCUCAGUGCCAAGAGGAGCUUACUCUGUUACAGCUACAGCCAAACCUGCUCUUUACCCAGGACUCUGAAGGUAAUCGGGUUAUCAGACACUAGUUUUAAAUGUUUGUGUGGGUGUAUCUUGAAGUGGCAGAGAUGGAGGGGAGAGGAGGGUUUAGGUGAGAGGCCAUGUGAGCUGAAGCAGUUGUCAUUAUGGAACAUUGUGCUCAUGUAAAUAAAGCAAGCAGUGUGCGGUAGACAUGCUUUUCUCUCAGGAAGGUGACUGGUGCAUUCCAUUGGAUGGAUGCCAACUGAGACAGUAGGACAGAACUGUUGGCUGAAAUCACUUCUCAGUUCAGAGUUGCUACUCUGUUCUUCCAGAGGCCUGGCUCUAUUUGCUUGCUACAGAUAUGUUCUUUUCUCACCUCUGGCUGGACCACACAAGCAUGAGCUUGGGACUAUUAUUCCCAACUGCAUUUUAAGAGAUGUAUCCCUCCCCAACCCAGGUGUUUGGAGCUAGCUGGUGGGAGGGCACAUGAUCCUUUUUCUUUUUAAUGGUAACUAUAUACAUUGUUGACCUGGAACUGGAGAGAUGGCUCAGCAAUUGAGCAUUUGCUACCUCUGUAAAGACCCAGGUUCAGUUCCCAGCAUCCACAUGACCUCUGCAGGCACCGAGCACACAUGUGGUACACAGACAUAAAAUGAAAUCAGUUAAAAACAAGUUGUUUGCUCUAUCUUCCCAUUCCCAAAUCUGAGCUGUGUAAUAACCUAGUUUUUUUAUUACUCCCUGCCCCGUCCCCCCAGAAGAGGGAGGUUCCUUUUGGAAAACUGUGAAGCUGGAUCUAGUGAUAAUUCAAAAAGUAACUUUUAGCUGGGUAUGACAACUUAGGAGACAGGAUUUCCAUGAGUUCAAGGCCAACUCACAGCCACUUAGGGAAUACUCAACCAGCCUGAGCUAGAAUGACACUGUGGUUUGAAAGAAAAUGGCAACAAAGGGAGUGACACUAUUAGGAGGUAUGGCCUUGUUGGGGUAGGUGUGGUCUUAUUGGAGGAAGUGUGUCACUGUGGGGGUAGGCUAUGAGGUUUCUUGUUUUCAAACUUUCCUUGGAGGUGGUGGUCAGUCCACUUCUUGUUGCAAGAUGUAACUCUCAGUUCCAGCUGCCUGCACGCUGCCAUGUUCCCCUUCAUGAUCAUAAUGGACUGAAUCUCUGAAACUGUAAGUAAGCCACCUCAAAUGUUUUUAUUUUUAAAAGUUGCCAUGUUCACAGCAAUAAGAAACCUAACUAGGGGGCUGGAGAGAUGGCUCAGCGGUUAAGAGCACUACCUGCUCUUCCAAAGGUCCUGAGUUCAAUUCCCAGCAACCACAUGGUGGUUCACAACCAUCUGUAAUUAGGUCUUCUGGCCUUCAGGCAGAAUAUUGUACACAUAAUAAAAAAAAAAAAAGAAACCUAACUAAAACAGACAUCCUGGCUGGGCGAUGGUGGUGCAUGCCUUUAAUCCCAGUACUUGGGAGGCAGAGACAGGCAGAUCUCUGUGAGUUCAAGGUCUACCUGGUCUACAGAAUGAGGUCCAGGACAGGCUCCAAAGCUACAGAGAAGGUCUGGAGAGAUGGCUCAGAGGUUAAGAGAACUGACUGUUGUUCCAGAGGUCAUGAAUUCAAUUUCCCAGCAACCACAUAAUGGCUCACACCCAUCUAUAAUGAUAUCUGGUGCCCAGAUUAUAUAAAUAAAAGGGGGGUCUUUUUAAAAAAAAUAGAGAAACCCCCACAUAUCCUGCUCAAAAAGAAAAGGGAACACUGAUGUGCAAUUACAUGUCCCACACCAGAGACCAGCUUCCAAGAGUCCUAUCUCGUUUACAUGGAUUCCAAGCUCAGAUCAUCAGGCUUGAGUGGCAAGACUUUCUUUUUCUGAGCCAUUUUGCCAGCCCAAUAUAGCCAAGGUAUCCUGGAACUCACUUUGUAGACCAUGUUGGCCUCGAACUCAGAGCUCCAAUGGCAUGUGCCUUCUGAGUGCUGGGAUUAAAGGUGUGUGCCAUCACCAUCUGGUCCCAAGUCAGCUUUUUAGUAACUGGUGUCAACUGUCCUGUGUUCUAUCUACCCCAGCACCACCGUUCGUGUAGCCGUAAAUAGCCUCUAGGAUGUGCAAACACAGUGCUAAAUAAUGGAACCUACUCUAGGAGAUUGUGGAAAUUUUCUAUGGAAAGGAGGACAAAACCCUUUAGAAUAAAAUGUCUGGGUGUUUUCUCUGAAUGUAUGUCUGUUUACCUCAUGUGAGCCUGAUACCUAUGAGACCAGAAGUGUCAGAUCCCUGGGACCGGAGGAACAAAUGACUGGUGCUGGGAAUUCAACCUGGUUCUUGGAAGAGCAACCAAUGGUCUUGACCUCUGGGUCAUUUCUUCAGCCCCAGGAAACUUCCUCCUACGGCAGUGGUUCUCAAUAUGUGGGUCCCUUUAGGAUUGUGUAUUAGGUGUCCUGCAUAUCAGAUAUUUACAUUAUGAUUCAUAACAGUAGCAACAGAAUAAUUUUAUGGUG